AUGUCCAAAAACGGCGAAGAGUACAAGGAUGUCUCCUCAAAGGGGAUGAUGGCGUACGCUGCUCCGUCUCUCUUCCAGCCUCACAAAGCUCGCCAGGCCAUCCGAGAUGCCCACGAUAAGAAGAUUCCACCCAUUAUCUGCUACUAUGCAGGACUCAGUUCCGUCCCAAUUACGCGUUAUGUCGCGCCCAUGGGAUUCGACGCUUGCUGGAUUGACUGGGAGCAUACAUCUUGUAACGUGGAGACCAUGACUACCAUGGUUCAUGAGACCGUUUUUAUGAGUGGCGGUCGAACAAUUCCAUUUGUUCGUGUCCCUGGUCAUGAUCACGGCGCCAUUGGUCAUGCACUUGAUUGUGGUGCGAGUCUCGUAAUCCCACAAGUCGAAAACGUCGAGCAGGCAAAACACGUCAUUUCGGCUGCAAAGUUUGGAACGAACCACAACGGGACUCGGUCCUUGCCUCCCUUCCGUCUUGUUCCUGGGUUCACCGAUGCCCCAUAUGACACUUCGCGCGACCUGCACAAGUGUCUCAACGACCAGGCUGCCAUCAUGAUCCAAAUUGAAUCAGCUGAGGGGGUUCGUAAUCUCGACUCGAUUCUUACUGAAUGUCCCGACAUUGAUAUCGUAUGGUUUGGGACACUUGAUGCGCGGGUCAGCAUGAAUCUUGAAGCCAAGUGGGGUGGCAUCGGUGCCACAGAGCCCGAAUGGCUGGAGAUAUCCCAACUGUUCUUCAACACGAUUGACAAGCAUGACAAACCGUACGCCGGCUUUUCGUUUGGCUCUGCUCCUCUCGGCAGCCCCGAAAAGCUGAAGGCGGCUGGAGAGCGUAUGAGCCUCAUCAUGGUUGCUGCCGACGUCGUCCAUCUAGGUGGUCUUGCACAAGAUCUCCAGCAGGCAAGGACCCUGGUUGGAUAUGAAGGCAAGAUGGAAGAAAGCAAGAAUAUCAAUGGAUGGAGGGACAGUAAACUUUAG